AUGGAAACCAAGAAAGAAGUCCAGUGCUAUGACAGCACGAACCAGUUGCAGAAAAAUGAAAACUUUUUUAACUACUACAUUAACCAGAAAAUAAUAAAUGAAAAUGAAGUGGACAGUUUUAUGGAAAUUAUAAAUAAAGAAUUACCAAUAACGUUUCGUGUUUUAAACAAUAACAAGUACUGCAAGUUUAUUCACGAAAAUAUAAAAAAGAAAUUAGAACAUUUAUGUAAGGAUAAUUAUGCUAUAACAAAAUUAAAUGAAGAAGACCAGAUGUACGAAAUAUAUUUAACGAGAUCCCAAAUUAAGAAAGAUGAAAAUUAUAAAAAUUUAUAUAAUUAUUUAAUAAAUUUAAAUGAAAGUGGGUAUAUAUUUAGACAAGAAUUGGUAAGUAUGUUACCUGUGUUGUUUCUAAAAUUAAAAGAAGAUUUUUUCGUUCUAGAUAUAUGUGCAGCCCCUGGCUCAAAGACAGCUCAAAUAGUGGAUUACAUGCAUCUCAUUAAAAAAAAAAGUAUUAAAAAUUAUUUGAUUCGGAAAUUUAUUGAGAAGAAUUCUUCUCUUUUCUGUAAUCCUCAUGAGGGCAUUGACGAAUUUCGUGACAGUGUAUGUGCAGAGGAUUCAUGUGAAAUGGAGUACUCCUUCGGUCAUGAAGAAUGUAGCAACAGAAGCAGCUUGAAUAGCAGCGUGAAGGGCAGCCUGAACAAGAGAAAACAGGGGAAUCAUGAAUCUGGUGAGAGAAACGAAUUGUAUAGAAGCCUGAAUAACAUACUAGAUGGUAACGAGUACGACAAUAAACUUUUUGAAUACAUUCUAAAUACAGACAACAAUUUGUAUGAGCACUACAAGAAACUAAUUUCGAAUAAUAACCCCAAUGGAGUUGUCGUUGCAAAUGAUGCAAACUUUAAGAGAUGCUGUAUGUUGUUUCAUCGAUUAAAAAAUAUACAUAGCAGUUGUUUAGUGGUAACAAAUAAUAAUGCCAUUAAUUUCCCUUAUAUUUACAUAAAAGAUGAGGAUGGAAAUAGCAGUGAGAAGAGAUACUUCGAUUCGGUUUUAUGUGAUGUCCCAUGCAGCGGUGAUGGUACAUUGAGAAAAGACAGAAAUAUAUGGUUAAAUUGGAAUCCAUUUAAUGCCUACAAUUUAUUUCAAAUGCAAGUAAAUAUUUUAAAAAGAUCAAUAGAAUUGACAAAAGAAGGUGGUCAUAUUGUUUAUAGUACGUGUUCAUUAAAUCCAAUUGAAAAUGAGGCAGUUAUUUGUGAAGUGUUCAAUUCGUUAGAUAAUAGAAAUUGCUUAAAAUUAAUCAAUAUUCAAAAUGAACAUAUAAAUAAAUUAAAUUAUAAAGAAGGAUUAACCAAAUGGAAGGUGUUAAUGGAUGACCAUUGGUUUGAUACAUAUGAACAAUAUUGCAAUUAUUUAAAAACUAAGGAAAGCGGAAAAUAUAAAAAAAUUUAUGACAAAAUACAAAAUGGAAUGUUUGCACCGCAGGAGAAAUUUAUCCAUGAUAUUAAUCUAAAAUAUGUGAAACGUUUUUUUCCUCAUCAUUACAAUGCGGGAGGCUUUUUUAUAGCAGUUAUAAAAAAAUGUGGAAAGCUACAAUGGAAGGAAGAAAAAAAAAUAAAAAAUAAAAAAUAUACUAACUCGAACAAGUGCUCUAUGUCACACAAAGUCACAGACAGUCUGAAAAAAGAGGAAAAAGACAAAUACAGGAAAAAGUACAAAUAUAGAAGAAACAGGAAAAAAAAAAAAAAAGAGGAGAAGGACGAAAAUGGUGAUUUUAUUCACUUGAACGAGAUAAAACCAGAUGUCAAUGAAAAAGAACAAAAAGUUUAUGUUUCAGACGGUUUAGUUCACAUUUCUGAUUAUUUUCCUGAACCGCUUAUGCAAAAUCGAGAGGUACAAAAUUACUCCCGAGACAGUAACUCAAACAUAAUAAGUAACAACAGAGAUUUGAUAGCCCAAAACUGUGAGGAAGAUAACUACAAUGUAAUAGAUAUUGACGAUGUAAUGACAAGUUACAAUGUGGUAACGAGUAACGAAGUUAUGAAUAAAUAUAAUCUGAUAGAUAAUGAUGAUUUGACAAGCAAUUAUAACAUGAUAGACAGUGAUGAUAUGGUAAGAAAUUCAAACCCAGUUGUCAAAUCCAAUGAAGUGCAGGGUGCAGAUAUAAUAAGUGUCAUUAAUAAGAGAAGUGAAGAGGAGUUAAAGAGGUACCUAGGGAACGAUGAUAGCAGAGCUUUGGAAUGUAAAUUAGAAGAAGUAAAUAAAGAUGGAGUGGUGGAGGAUGAAGCAGAAGUAGAGAGAAAAACCCAAUCGAAUGUGGAUGAUAAAACAGACGAAGAAAGAGUAGAAGAAAGAAAAAGAGAAAAGCACAAGAUGAUCAAACAACAAGAAUACAUAAGCCUAGAUUAUUAUGAAAAAUUAUUGCCAACGAAUGAUAUACUAAAAAGAAUAAAAAAUUAUUUCAAUUUAAAUGAUGAUUUUUUAUUCAUUAAAAAUAAUUUAUAUAUCCAUCUAAAGGAUGAUUGUAAUUUUACCAAGUUGUCAAUCAACGAAAGAAUAAACGUGAACAUUAAAAAAAUCAAUUUAGUUAGUAAGUAUACAAAGGAUAUAUUAGAAUGCUACACAAAAAUAAAGUUAAAAAUUAUUAGUGCUGGUAUAACAGUUAUUCAGAUUGAUAAGAAUAAAAAUAACGCGAUGGAAAAUUAUUACAGAAUUAAUUAUAGUGGCUGUCUAAACUUUUUGCCAUUUUUUAAGGAUGUAGACGAGUUCUUGUUGAAUAGGACUUAUAGAGAUGAAACUAUUAAAAAUUAUUUUUCACCAGUUUAUGAAAAUGAAAACAGGGUAUUUAACUUUGAAAGCUACAUGGAACAAUUGAUUGGUGAGAGGAAGAGUACUCUGUCGAAAGGCAUUUCAAGUAAGGAGAGAAAAGAGGUGAAAGAAGUUUUAGCUAAAUUGGAGAUACAGAACGAAUCAGAAAAGAAAGAAGAGACGGAAGAGGAAAACAAUGUAGGUACAAUUUCAAAUAAUCAGAUAUCAAGUGAAUCUGAACAUAAUGUAAAAAAUAAAAUAUAUGUAGAUAAUCAUCAUGAAGGAGAGACCCACCCAGAAAGCCAUACCUGUGAAGGAAACACAGAACCAAACGGAAAUAUAUACAAGACAGUAUCGAAUGACCAAGAAAAUGGGAAUAAUGUAAAUACCAUUUGGGUGAAGAGUGAUGCCAUACUAGACCUUAUAAAAAUAGAUAAAUCUAGAAUAAAUAACAUAACCAAUGAUACUAUUAGGCAGACUGCAAAACUGAUGAAAUAUUCUCCGAACAUUUUACUAACACUAAAUAGAAAUAAGCAAAUUUUGGCAAUUCCCUCAAGCAAAGGAAAUUUGUAUGUAGACAUUAGCAUUGAUAAGAACUCCAUCAUCAUGCUACCAUACGUCUUAAAUUAA